CAUGCAUGUAUUUAUAUUACACUGAUUGACAAGCACUAACUAUAAUGUUCAACAUUUCAGACACAUAGACGAACACCACAGAGCAGCGAUUUGCACAGUUGCAGCUAUUCGUUGGUUUGCAAAUGCUUUCAGUAUUGUCUGCAUCGCGAUUGCAGCGAUUAUUACCAUCAUUGUAAUGUAUUUUAUACAUGAUUCUAUCUCGGCAGGUAUGUACGUUACAUAAUAUCUGGCAAGGUUUACCUUAUAGACUAAUAGUUUGUCUAGAGUCACGUACUCUAGAUGAUCCAAAAGGCAAGGAUAGAAACGAUUUUCCACCUGGGCGAUUUAAAUUUGUCGACAUCGCUUUUGCUGACGCGAAAAGCCCUGCAAAAGUCCCUUCCCGCGAACAAAUUCGCAUAGCGUCUCCCAUUUACCCACUUGCACGAGAUUUUAAACACGUCAAGCAAGACAGCAAUCUUCAAGUAACCGAAUACCUUACGCUUGAUCUACAGUCGCGGACACAACUCUGUGGCCGUCGCAUGCAGACACAACUUUGUGGCUCCGAAGAAUAUUAAUUGAUUUCAAUAUGCUUUGUAUUUCAGCACUGGGCGCAAUGACUAUUCUUUAUGCGGUGAACACGACACAUAUGAUUUACUACGUUGUCAUGGUAAUAAGUGAUGUCAACUCACAAAUGACGUCAGCAGAACGGGUUUUAGCCUACACAAAAAUCCAGACUGAACUCGGGCAGGAUUUGCCUAAAACACCUCCCCAAAAUUGGCCACACGCGGGCGAGAUCGAAUUCAAAGAUGUUUCGCUAUGGCACUACACAGGUGGUCCAUACGCCUUGAAGAACCUUACGUUCACGAUACACUCGUCGGAAAAAGUCGGAAUCGUGGGGAGAACUGGUGCUGGAAAAUCAUCACUAGUUGCUGCGUUGAUGCGCCUAGCCGAGACCCGGGGCGAGAUUCUGAUUGAUGGAUUAAACAUUAAAGAAUUCAAUAUGCUUUCAAUCCGGAAAUCUGUAUCAGUCAUAUCGCAGUCACCUACCUUAAUUAACGGCACAAUUCGAUUAAAUCUGGAUCCGUUGGGCCAACACACAGACGCUGAAAUAUGGAACGCAUUACACCAAACUAAAAUGAGUUCUACUGUUAAAAAUCUGCCAAAAGCACUUGAUGCUGAGUUGAACAUCGAUAACUCAAAAUUUAGUGUCGGUGAAAAGCAGCUGCUGAGUUUGGCUCGAGUGUUACUACAAAAUAAUAAAAUCGUAAUCUUUGAUGAAGCGACCGGAAAAAUAGAUGGAAACACGGACAAAGAAAUUCAAAGGAUAAUCGAUGAAGUUUUUAAGGAAUGUACAGUUAUUACUAUUGCCCAUCGCUUGAGUUCGAUAUUACACUGUGAUCGGGUGAUGGUUUUAGAUCAAGGCGAGAUUAAGGAAUUUGAUCGACCAGCUGUAUUAUUGAUAAAACCGAGUGGAUUGUUAAGACAAUUACAAGAAAUAGCAUGAAAUUAAAAGACUCCAUAAAUUAAACUAACUUUGCUUGUACUGGAUAUUUUACAUCAGUUCUGACACGAGAAAUCCGAAUAUAUGAGUUUGAAUCCCGUGUGAAACAACGAAUUUUUAUUGUUCUCUGCGGCAAUAUUGGAAUAGCCAUAAAACAGUUAUUUAUAACAGGAAUAUUUGCCGAGAGAAUUACAAAAACCCCGAAAAUUUAGAAAGAAAUAUUGUGAUAUUUUCAAAGGGCUCAAAUGCAAAAUAAUUAACAAAUACAGGGUGUAUCAAAAAAAGGAGACCUUUAGAAAUCAAGCAUAUUGUUAAAAUUUGAAUGCCAUUUCAAUUGCACAUAUGCUGAACCGUGGUGCGUGAAAUAUUGAUGGAGUGCAUAUAUUAGGAAAAG